AAGUUUUUGUGAAAUUUGUCGUGUAACAAUCGAUUAAUUUAUCAUUCAGCUUCCCUAUCUGAAAAACAAAAAAAAACUUCACUUUAAAUAAAAUGGCAGGAUUAGUAGAUAAGCCAAAUAGAGUUGUUGAAUAUCAAAAGUUCUUUCAGACAAAUUCUAGUACACCUCUUUGGAUUCUUGGUGGUCCUUCUAGAAAAGGUUUCGUGGCUUUAUUCUUUGGAGGUCUUGCUGUUGGCACGACUGGAGCAGCGUAUGCUUUAACCAAAAUGAUAAAGGGAAAGAAAUAACAAUUUUAAUAUAUUUUUUUUCCUAUAAAACAAGAAUAGUUGUAUAAAGAAAACUAUGUUUAUUUGAUUUCGUUAUUAUUUAUGUUGGUUUAAUCUCAAUUAAUAAAAUUAAUAAAAUAUUAUCAUUUGUUUCAAGGUUG